AUGGUUGCUUACCUCUCAGAUGAUGGAAUUAAAGCUCUAAGCAACAUUGGUCUCGCUCCUUAUGUCAUCCUUGUGGGGUACAGGUUAAAUCAGUUUAUUAGAAACAAGAGAAAGUUCGGCACCCUUGUUAAUUAUGGAAGAUCUAACUAUUUCGAUGAGUUCUAAAAUUUUAAGUGGAAAAAUCUGAUUCCACUGCUAGGUAAUGGUUUAACCAACCUUUUCAACUUAGUUACCAUAACUAUGGCGUUCAAAUAUGCAAAAUUAGCUAAUAUGAAUCAAGGAAUAGUUAGUACUCUGAAUACCUUAACUUCUGUCUACAAUCUCUUUAUAUUUUAUUUUGGAUUUGGUGAGAGAGUAACAAUUAUUUAAUUCAUUGGAAUGUUGGUAAUGCUGAGUUGUAUAGCAUUUGUUUCUAUCAGUACUAGGUAGGAGAUACCUGAAAAUAGUCCAUAAUCUUAUGAGGAUUUAUAAUAUAAUGCUGGUAUAAGUUUAAUAUAUGCUUUCUUGUCCCCAUUGUGCCUCUCAAUAAAACAUAUAUUUGUGAGAAAAUAUCGAUAAUAAUAUAAUUCCUGGGAUGUGUCAAUUGAUGCAUUAAUCUUUGAAUAUUAAAUCUACAUCCUAUUUGCAGUAUAUUACUUUUUAAAUGAGAGUCUUGUUUGGAGUGAUCUCAUUAUUGGUACAGUGGGAAGUUUAUUUAUGGCUUCUGGAAAAGUACUUAUAGUUUUAGCUGUUGCAAAUGGUCUUGCAGGUCCUGCAGCAUCUCUUGCAUCAACUUAAAUACUAUAUGUCACUAUUUUAUCGAUAAUUGUUUCAGGAUAAGGAAUAAAAACAUUGGAAGUGAUGGCUUUGGUAUUUGGUUUCUUAGGUGCAACUAUUAUAUCUUCGGGGGAUUUUAUGUAUAAAAAAUUAUUUAAGUAGAAUUAAUGA